GGUCAAAAAUAGAAGCAAUUUCAUACGCGAUAAUGUCCAAAGAUUUGACACCUUACUCCAACAAGGAUCUACAUAUACAUUAUAUGGAGUGGCGUUCUAUGUAAGCUGGGGGCCGUAUCUAUUUCGGAAUUUUGGACAUAGGCUAGAAUUGACCUUGGCAACUCGGACUGUUGUGGAACCAUUCCACUUGCCAAUUCAGUUCCCGCCGUAUCCAAAACAUCUUAUGCCAUUUCAUGAGGUCCUCCAACAACCUCAUAAGAGGUUUAUAGAUGUAAUAGGAAUUGUCAUUCAUUUGGCGCCGUUAGAGCACAUCGGUGGAAGGCCGUACAGAGAGGCCAUACUAAUGGAUUCCAGGUGGGAUAUAAUCGUCGUGGGUAUAUGGCCUGAACUGUUGCAAAGAAAUGCUCUACGGUGGGUGUUAGCUAGAGAAAACAAGAGCAUAAUUAUCGGAACUAUGCUGCGCCGUAACAAGCUACACAGAUGCUUGCAAACCUCGGACCAUAGCACUGUUGAAUUCGAUCUAGAUCAUCACACCACACAACGGUUGCAGACAAUUCGGCGCUCCAUGAUCCAAAAUCCGAGGAGUGCUUUAAUCAACAAUUAUCUAGAGAGGAGACGGGCUUAUCUGGCAACAGUGGUACCAGAUGUGUAGUGUGAUAGCUUGUUACAUUAUAGGAUUUGAAGUUAUGUGUCAACUAAAGAUGGUCACAAUUAUUUGUAUUUUGCCAUUUAUGUUAUCAAACCCUUGCAGUCAGAAAUAAAUUAUGUUAUUAUUCCUUGUAAGAUA